AUGGCGUGUUGGACGCUAGAGCUGACGCUAGUCUCCAUGAGGGACCUCCGUGCCAUCAACCUCGUCUCUAAGAUGGAGGUCUACGCGGUGGCCUACCUAGCCGGUGACCCACGGUCGCGGCAGCGCAUCCCCACCGACCGCGCCGGCAGCCACGACCCCACCUGGAACGCCACCGUCGUCCUCACCGUCCCAGCGUCGGGCACCGGGAGCGGUGCCAUCCCCGUCCUGCUGCGCACGGAGCACACGCUCGGCGGCGACCGCGACGUUGGCGAGGUGCUCCUCCCGCUCCUUGACGUCCUUGCUGGGACCGAGGACACGCCCACAGACGCCACGGUCGCCUACUUCCCAGUCUGCAGGAUCGGGUUAAGCAAGCCCAGGGCAUGCUUAACCUCUCUUACAAGCUCGGCAGGGUCGUCCACCCUGACCACCUUGCCUCCUGGAUUGAGGAGGCACUCCCGCGGGUGCAGAUAG